AUGCCUGGUUACCCAGGCCUUCGACACUUCAAAAACGGGAUCUCCCAUGUAUCCCAGUGGACAGGGCGAGAGCACAAGGACAUGCAACGUGUCUUCGUCGGUUUGCUUGUCGGUGCAGUACAGCCUGCCGUUUUGCGGACUGCGCGCGCAGCUAUCGAUUUCAUCUACUAUUCACAACUGCACGUACAUACCUCAACAACACUCGAUGCACUUCAAGACGCACUGAAGAUCUUCCAUGAGAAUAAGGACAUCUUCAUUCGCGAGGGCGUCCGCGAGCACUUCAAUAUUCCGAAACUCCAUCAAAUGUUGCAUUACUGUGAAGCGAUCAAGUCUCGUGGUGCCGCUGACGGUUACAACACGGAGUCGCCAGAGCGUCUUCAUAUCGAUUUUGCAAAGGAAGCAUACAGAGCAAGUAAUGGGCGGGAUUAUGAGGAACAGAUGGUGAAGUGGCUUGGGCGCCAGGAAGCAGUUGCGAGGUUUAGGGCAUACCUCGAUUGGUCACUGAGGCGUGAUGCUGAGUCCGACGUUGACAGUGACAGUGAUGCUAACACUGACAGCGACGUGAUCAACGAACCUUUGGCAGCCACCUCCCCAGCCGCUACCACAGCUGGUCUGCCCUUCACUCAUCACCUACCCGUUCAACCCGGGUUUCCUCUCACAAACAUUGAUACACUCACCACUCGCUUCUUCGCCGUCAACUUCAUUUCUGCACUCACAAAGGUCAUCCGUCGUGCCUACCCCGCACCUGCCCAGCCGCUACUUCCAAACGCUACCGACAAAUUUAACGUAUAUAAGCGCCUAUCCAUUCACUUGCCCAAUCUCGCGGCUGUUGGACGCUUCAAGGCAACUCAGCGUGCCCGUGCAACACCGUUGAUUCCAGGCCGUAAAAAGGACUCCCCAGCCAACUUCGACACGGUUCUGAUUAGAAGUGGGAGUGAACUAGGGAAUCAGGUUACAAGAGGUACCUGCCUCAAAGGACUUCGAGUGGCCCAGGUACGCGUGAUCUUCGCACUGCCUGACCACCUUCGGGGGCGUGAACUUCCCAAGUAUCACGCGUACGUUGAAUGGUUCAAUCCACUCCGUGCGCCUGACCCCGAUUCCCUCCUUCACUCUGUCACCCGUUCCUACCAGCAUGGGCAACCUUUUGCUGAAAUCGUCCCGCUCACCGACAUUGUCUCCACCUGUCAUCUGACUCCGAAAUUUGGAACCAACUGGCACCCUGCUCCUUGGACCAACGUUGAAAUACUCGAUAACUGGAAGUCCUUUACUUUGAACAAGUAUAUUAACUUAGGUACUUUUUAUGAACACCAGGGCUUCAAGUAG